GGUUUCGCACGCCACCGCGUUGCAUUGUGGGUGGCAUCAGUGUCCAGGGCCCGGCGUGACACGGCAGAAAGUGAAUCCGCCGGUAGGCAAUUGAAGUGUUGCUGUCGCGCGACUCUUGGGAUUACACGCAAGAAAAUGGUGGGAGUGAAGGUGAUCGGAGGGGACGCGGAGUUCCAACCUGAACUGAGUGCGGCCGGUUCCAGGCUCAGUGUGGUCAAGUUUACCAUGCGAGGGUGUGCUCCUUGUGUAAGGAUAGCGCCGGUCUUCACAUCGUUGAGCAACAAGUACCCCCAAGCCGUGUUUUUGGAAGUUGACGUUCACCAGUGCCAAGGUACGGCUACUGCCAACAAUAUAUCUGCAACGCCCUCGUUCCUAUUCUUCCGAAAUCGAGUAAAAAUCGAUCAGUACCAAGGAGCGGAUGCCGGCGGCUUAGAAGAAAAGAUUAAACAGCAUUUAGAAAAUGACCCGGGAAGCAACGAAGAUACAGAUAUCCCGAAAGGCUACAUGGACUUGAUGCCGUUUGUUAAUAAAGCCGGCUGUGAAUGUCUUAACGAAAGCGACGACCAUGGGUUUGAAAACUGUUUACGCAAAGACCCCACAUACCUCGAAUCGGACUGUGACGAACAGCUCCUGAUGACCGUAGCGUUUAACCAGCCAGUUAAAUUAUAUUCUCUGAAGCUUCAGGGGCCUGAUAACGGUCAAGGUCCAAAGUAUGUAAAAAUAUUUAUAAACCUCCCCCGCUCUAUGGAUUUUGACGAAGCGAUGAGGAGCGAAGCGACGCAAGCCCUUGAGUUAUCCGCUGAGGACAUUAAAGAGGACAGCAUAGUUCAGCUGCGCUACGUGAAGUUUCAGAAUGUUAACAGCGUGACGCUAUUUGUCCAGUCCAAUCAGGGUGACGAGGAGACUACAAAAAUCACAUACUUUACAUUCAUUGGGACCCCCGUACAAACCACCAACAUGAACGACUUCAAGAGAGUUGUAGGAAAAAAAGGUGAAAGCCACUGACCAGAAGGAUAACUACACUGGAAGACGAUUCCGUGCAAGGACUGGAUUUUCAGUUUCCAGGACAAAGUGCUUUAAUCUAGAACGUUAAUGUUCCAUCGGCGCCAAUUUACCAAUAAAUAAUCAUAUUUUGUUAAACUGUGUUUCAUAACCACAAAUUUAUUUCAGUCUGGCUACUCUGUAAAUAAACAUCUUUUGCCAACA